AGUGAGUGAUUGAUCGGUUUGGCUGAUUUGUUGACGACACUGUUGUGGUCAGACGACGCUGACAGGCCAGGUGGGCUCUCUGUACGACAGCUUGCAGACAGUGUGAAGUUCGACAGCGAGUCAUAGGAGCGUCUGCGGCCUUGGCAACGAGCUCGCGACACGGUGACAAGCGUCGCAUUAGCGGACCGAGCACGAGCCUCCCAUCGAGCUCGCAAGGUCUGUCCGGAGCAGCCCGACAAGUCGCACUCCGUCCCAUCGAGCUCCAUUGAGAUCCAACAAGCUCGAUCCAUCCUUCUGCUGCUGACUUGACGAGCCCUGCAUUGGAUCUCGGGCAAAUAUGGCAGUGCAUUGCCAGCCUAGCAACUGAGCACCGCCCUUUCUGCCGGAGUAUCGACCAGCUUGAGCCAGCUCGUCAGCCGAGAUGGACAGACACAGUCCGUCUGACGUCAGGACGCCUUGGCAGCCUGCUGUGUCGCCGACAAAGUCGGAGAAAGAACGAAACAGGCGAGCACCGCUGCUCAGGUCGGCUUCAACGUCGAGCGUGCACAAGGCGAGGAGAGCUCAAUGUCAUGGCACGCAAGACGAUGGCAGGAUACUCCCUCGUUCGCCCGGCUUCGGCUCUCGUCACACGCUUGCGCAAAGACGACUCGACCUGGCUCACACGAGCAGUGAAAGCUUCAAUUCUCCACCGCUCACGGCCAACUCGUCAUCUAGCAACACGCCUGCGGGCUCGAAAUCUCCCAAUGCGUUCUCUGCCGUCAGGCUAGAGAGGAUGCCAAUGUCGCCCGCUCUGUCGCCUCGACUCAGCCGAGAACACACCUGGCCGAACACAACACCGGCCAGUAUGAGCCAGUCAUCGUCCGGCGAACUGUCAGCUUCGACAUCGGCAUCAAGUUCACAAACGACUUCGCCCGUCCUGUCGCCUUUCUCGCUCUCAUUGUGUCUCACGCCACAUACUUCAGGAUUUCUCGGCAGUGGCUUGCCCAGUCCAUCCUUGCAGCGAUCCCAACUAGACCUCUUGCCCAUGUCCGAAGAGGAGGACGAGGAUGCGGCAGAGUUCGAUCGACAUGUCGCUACCUCAUCACCCCUUGCUCGCAUCGGCUCAGGAAGCAGAGAUCGUAGAAAGAGUCCACUUGCAAUCUCGACUGCUACCUUCAACACACAAUUGGACGAAGAGCCCGAGGAAUCCAGACUCAGCAGAGCGAUGAGAGAUCUCUGGAGCUCAGACACGCUCUCGUCCUCUUCGCUCUUCACAGGUGCUUACGAUCCUGCUCGAUCGAUGCCCCACGACGACGCAUCUGGCAUGAAGCGACUGCUCAAAGCAGAUGGUCUCGUCGUGGCCGAACCCAAGUCGCGCAAACCGCAAAGAGACGCACUGGCUAUCCAUCCGGACUCUGUUCUUCUGCGAGAUGAUUUCUCGUUCAAUCAGAACAUGAGCACGGAGGAAGAGCUCUACGAUGAGGAAAUGGACGAAGGCGACGAAGAAGGAGAAUACCUGACGCCGCUCCAAGCGCCAUCAUACCCGAGUCAUGCUUCCAGACAGCCCGGAAGACCUUCGCUUAAGCGAGGCAGCUUCUCUGGUAGCAACGGCACCUCAUCGCGCUCCCUCUCGCCUGCAUCUAGCUCGACUUCUCUGUCGAAUGUCAGGUUUGGCGAAGAACCUCAAGUGAGCGUAGUAGACACUUGGGCUGCAGUAGACUAUCCAGGCAGACGAGGCAAUCCUCCAAUUACCAAGCUGUCCUUUAGAGACGUGAUGGAAGUCAGGGAGAUCAAGACAUCUCUAGGCAUCUAUCAGGCGCCACCGGCCUCACCACGUACGACGUCGACGGGCUCUCAACUCGUACCAGAUGGUCAGAUCGGGCAAGCCUCGUUCAACAUCAGCACACGAUCAUCAACAUCAUGACAGACUCGAUUACCCCCUUAGUCGCAAAACCUCACUUCAUCCGUCCUAGCGCGCAAUACCCCUCGCUCUCGCAGAAGCCUACACUUACGAUCCUCAACUCAUGCAAGAGAGCAUCGUUGUGACUAAUCCUCAUGUGUAUACCUUCUCCGUCACCAGUACCAGUAGAUGUACCGCCAGCAGGCUGGUAAUGCAUGGACUACCUACCCAGUUCAGCUCGAUGAAACGGCUUGAAACUUGCAAUGCAUCCAGCAU